AUGUCUAGCGAAACAAUUCCAUCCUCAUCUUCCCUGGAUUCUUCAUGCCGCAUUCUUACCAUAUCGUCUUCACUAGAGCAAGCUGUCAAUUUCAUUGAUCGCCUUAGAAUACUCGACAAUGGAUCCAAAUCGCCCGUGCUGGGCACCGAUCUACCUCGGGACGAUGAAGAGGCCCCGGAAAAUCCGCAACAAUUCCAUGGACGCUUUCGAAUAACUGUCAUAUUUGUAUGGAGUAAUGGAGAUUCAUACAGAGACCACGUCGUUCGCAUCGCCAACGAUAUUUCAACCAGGCAACCAGACGUCGCCCUUGCCGUCAGGAUGCCUCGCUCAUCAUCUGGCAAUGAAAUUAGCACAGAGGUUGAAGAAGACGGAGAGAUAGAUGAAUUUCUAUCUUCGCACGGAUUCGAAUUCAUUGAUGGGGAAGUCGAAUAUCAGCGCUCCGACCGCACGGAGGAUGAAGGGCUUCCCGACCAUGGCAUACCAGGUCUACCAAGAGUGAUAGACUCACUAAGUACCAUCAUGUGGCCGUCAAUGUCAACGAGAGUGCCAACAAAACCGAAGUUCAACCGGCAAAGACUCUCUCUCUUCUCUCGAAAGUCUUCAAAACUCGACAGCCUGAGACUUCACAAGGAAGCAGAGGACUUAGUCAGGUGGCUAGAAGACGACCCAGCUUUCCGUGACAUCGUCAAAAACGAUCCAUGGAAGAGCGUUUCAGAGCCCGGUACCGUUUCUACGUCCCCGACGUCGUUAGACCCUCCAUUGGCGCCGUGGUCUUUGCCGUCAAGGGCUGGUCCGCCGUCAAUAUUGGCUUUCGAUGAUGACUUCGCCGACUUUGUUUCAGCACCUCGCGAACCCUCAUCCGGGCGCACGACACCUCACGCACAGUCACCGACGUCAGCGACUCGGAGUGGAACCUUGGACGAAGAUGGACUUCGGUCUCCUUUCAGCAGCACCUUGUACCGCGCCCUGGGGUCAGCUGCCAACUUAGCAGCUAGCCAAGAGGACGAGAUAAGUGAUGCUAAACAAACGGAGACUUCGGAUGACGACGACGACGAUUUGCCCUCGCAGCAAGAAAUUGCUGUCACAGCAGCGCGAAUAUUUGGGACAGAUAUCCCUCGUUCCUCUGCCAUACACGCGGACGCAUCAGCUGAUGCAUCCCCAGUACACCCUACGUCGUCUUUGUUUGCUGUGGAUUCUAUGAGUUCACAAGACCCUACGUCGAUGCAAGUUGUCGAUUUGUACGACGUCGGGCAAUUCGAUCUGUCUCGUGUGCUGGAUGCACUGCGGGGCAUGAAGGCAGAGAUAGCAAGUAUGUCGGAUGAAGGAGAGAGGCGGCGUGCGGCAGCCAGGGUGGCGUUGGGGUUGGUAUACGGACUAGAAGGAGAGAGCGCGGACGAUGCAGCAAUGUAUACUUAG